UUCCGGUAUACGAUGCCGUUUAAAAGGUUCGUAGAAACUGGACGCGUAGCUUGGAUAUCAGGUGGACGCUACGCUGGACGGUUAUGCAGUAUCGUUGACGUAAUUGAUCAAACCAGGGUUCUUGUGGAUGGACCUAAAAGUGGAGUUCCAAGAAUACCUAUUCGAUUAAAUCAAAUUCGUUUGACAAAGUUUCUCAUCAAAUUUCCUUUUAAAGGAUCCACUAGAGUUGUUAGGAAAGCAUGGGAAGCAAGCAAGUUUAUGGAAAAGUGGAGGGCAGGCAAAUGGUCUGGUAAUCUUUCAAAAAGGAAAUUGAGGAGAAAAAUGUCAGAUUUUGACAGAUUUAAACUUAGAAAUGCGAGAAAAGCUAGAAAUGCUCUCAGAACAGCUGAAUAUUUGAGGCUUAUGAAAGCAGCAAAGAGGAGAAGCGAAAGAUUGAGGAGGAAUAGUGCUAAAUGGAGAAUAAGCAAAAAACUUGGCAAACCAAUUCCAGACAAACCCAAAAAACCAGUAACGGAAAAGAAAUUGAAAUCGAGAAGAGUUACAAGUCCAAAGGUGAAAACAUUGAAAUCGGUUAAGGGAAAAGCUAAAUUGACUAAAAAGGUUCAGAAAGUUGCAGGAGGAAAACCUAAAGUUGAAAAAUCGAAAGCGACAACUGGAAAGGCUUCUGCUAAGCCACAGAAAUAAAUUGUAAAAUAAAAAAAUUUUGUCGAGUAAUUUUCA